AUGACUGUGUCUUGCAACUUCGCUAAGACUUUCAUCUCUCGUUACUUCUGGGCAUACACAUACUUAUUCUCCAAAUCCAAGACAACGGAUUUUCUUCGCGUCUCAAUUCUUCCUCUUCUCCUUCUUUUAUUAAUCACUCCUUUGUCUUCAUCUUUGUCUCUGAGUGACACAACUAACAUAGUCACAAAAGAAUCACUCGACCGAAUCUGCUCACAACCGACAAUUUACCACCAUUUCUGCAUCAUUUGGCUUACCAAUGAUCCAAUAACGUUCACCAUCAGAUUCAAGGGUCUUCUCGAAUUGGUCAUCCAAAAGACGCAAUUGUUUGGUUAUAAGAACAUAGCGAUGAUAAAAGACUUAGUAAAAACCACGACCGAUCCGAAGCUCAAGAUAUCGUAUGGGUGGUGCGUUACAUAUUAUGAGUUAGCCAUUAAAUCGAUCGAGGACGCUAUACGGUUUGCUAGCUCGAAUGAGUACGAGUUAACAUCUCAGGCGGCUAUGAGAGCCUUUAGUAGUAUAACUACGUGUGAAGCUGACCUUGCAGGACGUAAUAAUGUGCCGUCUGAUGUUACACUACGCAAUAUGCGGUUUAAAAGAAUGUGUAAUAUUGGUACAGUUUUCUCUGAUGUUUACAGGUUCUGA